AGAGAAAAAGAAAUUAAAUAGAGAAAUUGGCAAAUUUAGAGAGAAAGAGAAAUCAGAACAAAAAUAUUACAGAGAGUGGCCGUUCAAACGGCCACCUCCACAUCAACCUCAACAUCUGGUUGGCGCUCAAUGUGAACAAUUCCUAAUCCUCUCUCUCUCCCUAGAAAACCCACCAAGAAAAUCCACCAUUUUUUCCCGGAAAAUUCUUUACCCUGAAUCCAUUCUCAAUUUUCCCUUCUGGGUUUGUUAUUUUUUUUUCCUUUUUUUUAAUAUUUCAUGAGGUGAUGUGUUUGAUGGGCGUAAGUUGAUGAUGCAGCAUAAUAAAUUUACGACAAUGCGAAGUUUGAAGAUCAUGGAUGGGUGUAAAGGCACCCAAGUUUAUGCACUUAACCCCUCUGGACCCACCACCACCACCGGAGGUGGCGUUGGCACCGGUACCGGAAGCGGUGGUGGUGGUGGUGGUGUUGGUGAUAAGCUUUUACAUCAUCUUCAAGACCAUCUCAGGGUCAAUUCUAUUAGAUCCAAAUCGAAUCGAACUUUCCAAGCCUCUGCUCCAAUACCCAAUACUUCUAUAUCAGAGAAUCUUCUCCCAUAUGGAUUGCCUUCCACUGAUCUCCUUGAACCUCUCAUCGAGCCAUGUCUCAAAUACGUUGAUUUCGUUCAAACCCUGGCCGAUGUGUAUCGAAGGAUCGAGAAUUGUCCUCAGUUUGACAAAUGGAAGAUGUUUGUCGAGCAAUGUUCUGUGUUCAGAGGACUCUCCGAUCCCAAAUUUUUCCGACGGAGUCUCCGGUCGGCGAGGCAGCACGCCGUGGAUGUUCAUACCAAAAUUGUUCUCGCUGCGUGGUUGCGGUUUGAGAGGAGGGAGGAUGAGCUUUUGGGAACUUCGGCCAUGGAUUGUUGUAAACGAAAUCUGGAAUGUCCUAAGGCUGCUUUGGUUUCUGGGUACAACCCGGAAUCAGUGUACGAAUCUUGUAUAUGUUCUAGAAACAGUUUAGAGGAAGCUGAAGAUGGAUUUUUGAUGAUGGAGGAAGACGAGUGUUCAACAUCGGAGGAAGAUGGUGAUAUCUCAUUUUGUAUUGGGGAUGAGGAGAUUAGGUGUGUAAGGUACAAUAUUGCUUCUUUGUCGAGACCCUUUAGAGCAAUGUUGUAUUGUGGCUUUACAGAGUCAAGAAGGGAGAUGAUAAACUUCUCAAAGAAUGGGAUCUCCGCAGAGGGAAUGAGGGCGGCCGAGAUUUUUAGCAGGACUAAGAGAUUAGAUUCAUUUGAUGCAAGAAUUGUGUUGGAGUUACUCUCUUUGGCUAACAAGUUUUGUUGCGACGAGAUGAAAUCAGCCUGUGAUGGUCAUUUGGCUUCUUUGAUUUGUGAUAUGGAAGGUGCCAUGCUGUUCAUGGAGUAUGGGUUGGAGGAGACUGCUUAUCUUCUUGUGGCAGCUUGUUUGCAGGUGUUUUUGAGAGAACUCCCAGGUUCAAUGCAUAAUCCGAAUAUGAUGAGAUUUUUUUGUAGUUCAGAGGCUAGGAAAAGAUUGGAAAUUGUUGGGCAUGCUUCUUUUGUGUUGUAUUUGUUUUUGAGCCAGAUUGCCAUGGAGGAAGACAUGAAGUCGAACACGACAGUGAUGCUUUUGGAGAGGCUAGGUGAGUGUGCUACUGAGAGUUGGCAAAGGCAACUAGCGUUUCAUCAGUUAGGUGUUGUGAUGCUGGAGAGGAAAGAAUACAAAGACGCCCAGCGUUAUUUUGAGGCCGCAGCUGAGGCUGGUCAUAUUUAUUCAAUAGUAGGUGUUGCAAGGGCCAAGUUUAAGCGCGGACACAAGUAUUCUGCGUACAAGCAGAUGAACUCUCUCAUUUCGGAUUAUACACCAGUUGGAUGGAUGUAUCAGGAACGAGCUUUGUAUUGUAUUGGGAAGGAGAAGAUGAUGGAUUUGAACACUGCAACUGAAUUGGAUCCUACUCUGCCCUAUCCAUACAAGUAUCGUGCUGUGUCUUUGUUGGAGGAAAACAUGGUUGGAGCAGCCAUUUCGGAGAUCAAUAAGAUUAUUGGUUUCAAAGUUUCUCCUGAUUGCCUUGAACUUCGGGCAUGGUUAUUGAUUGUCCUUGAGGAUUAUGAAGGAGCUUUGAGAGAUGUUCGGGCACUCUUGACACUGGAUCCAAGUUACAUGUUAUUUAAUGGAAAAAUGCAUGGUGACCAUAUGGUAGAGCUCCUUCGCCCAAUUGUUUCGCAGUUGAGUCAGGCUGAUUGCUGGAUGCAGCUCUAUGAUCGAUGGUCCUCUGUUGAUGACAUUGGCUCUCUUGCCGUUGUUCACCAGAUGUUGGCAAAUGACCCAGGAAAAAGCCUUUUACGCUUUAGGCAGUCUCUCCUUUUAUUACGGUUGAAUUGUCAAAAAGCUGCAAUGCGUAGUCUACGGUUGGCUCGAAAUCAUUCUACUUCUGAGCAUGAAAGACUUGUCUAUGAAGGAUGGAUACUUUAUGACACUGGCCAUCGUGAAGAAGCCUUGGCAAAAGCAGAGGAAUCUAUUUCUAUACAGAGAUCAUUUGAAGCUUUUUUCCUUAAAGCAUAUGCUUUAUCAGACUCGACUCUUGAUCCUGAGUCUUCAAAGUAUGUGAUCCAGAUUCUGGAGGAAGCUCUUAGAUGCCCUUCAGAUGGCCUUAGGAAAGGACAAGCACUAAACAAUUUAGGAAGUGUGUAUGUAGACUGUGAUAAGUUGGAUCUUGCCGCUGACUGCUACAUGAAUGCACUCAACAUUAAGCAUACUCGUGCACAUCAGGGUCUUGCACGUGUAUACCAUUUGAAAAAUCAACGAAAACUUGCCUAUGAUGAGAUGACCAAGCUGAUAGAGAAGGCCAGAAAUAAUGCCUCAGCUUAUGAAAAACGCUCAGAAUACUGUGACCGUGACAUGGCAAGGAGUGAUCUUACCACAGCAACACAAUUAGAUCCCCUGAGGACGUACCCUUAUAGAUACAGAGCAGCAGUUUUGAUGGAUGACCAUAAGGAGAAAGAAGCCAUAAUAGAGCUGUCGAAACCCAUUGCUUUCAAGCCAGAUCUGCAGCUGCUGCAUCUUCGAGCCGCCUUUUACGAAUCAAUGAACGAUUAUGCAUCCACAAUCCGAGACUGUGCAGCAGCUCUGUGUCUUGACUCCAGCCAUGCUGAUACUAUUGAGCUUUACAACAUAUCUAAAGAGCAUGUAAAUGAACCAUAAGAAUGACAACAUAGAUAGCCAUUGUUCAUCAUCUCCAUCGAGCAAUUCUGCUGCUUCCAACCCGAAUUUUAGACAAAAGGCACAGCAGUCUUCAGCUCAACUUAUCUUUUUCUGAGUUUUUCUUUGGAAAAACUUUUACAAUAUGCAGAGAAGAAAUUCAAAGAGGGAAAAGAGAGUUUGGAUUAAAAAAGGAAGGCAAAAGUAGAGGAGCAAGAUAGCAUGUAAAUAUUUUAUCGACUGGAUUAUCAGAUUGAUCAAUCUUCCACCACUCAGAUCAAUGGUGUUGAAAAUCCCUUGUACAUGAAACGAAUUUAAUAUAAAGAGAGGUCUUGUUAUGUUGUUUUUUGCCAAGUGAUCAUUUUCAAUGUAAUGUAACCUUAUAUUGUUUUGCCGUUCGUUGCAUAAAGAUUCACACAAUUUUCCCUUACAAAACAGUCAGCGAAGAGUAUAUUAUUACUAUUAUUGUUUUA